AUGGCAAAAGUUUCAAGUCGUCCUGGCCAGCUGCUACUUCCACCAUGUUCAGCCCAUGUGCAGUACACCUAAAACAGUCUGCUUUCUGCUCAUAAGUUAGAAACAUUUUACAGAAGGCUGUGUGCAUAAGAGUGUUGUGAAGAUGUACCAGAUUGUAUCAGCAACUGUUGGAGAUUUUGGCGUUGGUGCCAUGAGCCGUUAUUCACCACCUAAGCGGAAAAGAUUUGGUAGACCAAGGCGCCCAGUGAUAAUAGCAAGUGUGCUUGGAGUGAUACUGGUUCUUUCUGCGAUUUUAGCAUGGUGCUACUACUCCUCUUCUCUCCACAAGGCCAACCUUCUGACAACUGAAUGACUGGAUCUUAACAAAGAUGGUUUUGUCAUCCGAAGCCAAGCUGGGGUUGUCGUUUUGGUGUUGUGGUUUGUGUCUGGAGCCCUUGAUCUGGACUCAUGUUCAAAAGAGGGACAGAUUCUCAGAUGUGACAAAUCCAUGGCUGGAAAUAUAAAUUUCUUCAUAGAAACUGUUAAGCCUAAAGAAUCAGUUGAGUGCUAUCGUUUGUGCUGGGAUGAGCUGGAGGAGCAUCGGUUGGUGGAGCAUGUCAUGUCCUGCAGUGGUUCACACUGGUACGGUGGUGCGGAGACUUGGUUGCAGCAUUGGCCAAUAGUAUUAAAAGGACAUCAGGCUCCCAAACCUUUCAUUACAGGUGAUAUUCAUUCGAAUCAUCAGGCAUUUGGUGGCAUCUUGGAGCGCUACUGGCUUUCUUCCAAUGCUACUGCCAUAAAAAUUAAUGAUUCUGUUCCUUUUCACCUCGGCUGGGAUGAAAGAAACAGAACUCUGUGGUUCCAAGCUCGAUAUAAUGACAGCCCUUAUAGGCCAGACCCUGAUAAUCCCCAUCAUGUGACUCUGAGUUAUCGUGUAUGUGUGGGGCUAGAUGUCACCUCUAUACACAAGUACAUGGUACGUCGAUAUUUCAACAAGCCCAAUAAGGUUCCUUCAGAAGCUGUUUUCAGACAACCAAUCUGGUCUACAAGAGCUCUAGAAGAAGUGAACCAAGAACGAACAUUGAAAUAUGCAUCUGAUAUAAAAAAAAAUGGCUUUAACUGCAGCCACCUGGAGCUGUACGACAGAUAUACUAGUGGCUAUGGAGAGUUUGAGUUAGAUCCCAUCAAGUUCCCCAACGCCUCAGCCAUGUUUCAAAAACUAAGGCAAGAUGGAUUCCAGGUAACCUUGUGGACUCAUCCAUUUGUCAACUAUAAUUCUGUCAAUUUUUGUGUUGGAGUAGAACAAGGACUGUUUGUAUGAGUGCCUGGUAGCCAGCUUCCUGCAUUGGUGCGUUGGUGGAAUGGUAUUGCUGGCAUUUUGGAUUUCACAAAUCCAGAAGCUCGGGACUGGUAUGCCUUGAAUCUUCGCACCCUCAAGAACAAGUAUGGAGUGGCAUCUUUUAAGUUUGAUGCAGGAGAGACAGGCUACUUACCCCAGCAGUUCAGUACCUUUGUUCCAUUGCAGGAUCCCAGUACUUUUACUUGCCGCUACACUGAGAUGGUAAUACCGUUCAAUGUCCGUGCAGAGCUGCGGUCAGGCUAUCAAUCUCAAAACAUCUCCUGCUUCUUCAGAAUUAUUGACCGUGAGUCACUAUGGGGAUACACUCUAGGUCUCAAAUCUAUAAUCCCAACUGUACUUACUAUAAGUAUUCUUGGCUACCAGUUUAUUCUGCCAGACAUAAUAGGUGGAAAUACGUACUCAAACCUCACUGGCCUUCCAGAUCGUGAGCUGUACAUCCGUUGGCUAGAGCUCUCAGCUUUCAUGCCAGCCAUGCAGUUCUCACUUCCACCAUGGAACUAUGAUGAUGAGGUUGUGAAUAUCGCCAAGAAGUUCACCGCUCUCCACGAGUCUCUUGUAGCCCCUCGGGUUCUGGAGCUUGCUGGGGAAGUGCUGUACACUGGGGAUCCCAUUAUUCGCCCUCUUUGGUGGAUUGCAACAGCUGAUGAGGCAGCUUACAAAAUUGACUCUCAGUUCCUUAUAGGAGAUGACCUCCUGGUGGCACCUGUUCUUGAACCAGGCAAGCAGGAAAGAGAUAUAUACCUUCCUGCGGGCAGGUGGAGAAGUUACAAGGGAGAGUAUUUCGACAAAGGCCCCGUAUACCUUACUGAUUAUCCAGUGGACUUGGAUGAAGUUGCUUACUUUGUGUGGUCAGGAUAGUUUUAAGUAGGUAAGGGAUGAGCCCAUUAAAACCCCAAAACCGACUGCUGAAUACAGAUCUGGCCAUACCAUAAAUUGUUUGUACAGUCAUGUGACAUCAUGUAGUUUUUAUACUAAUAGCAUCAGCAAGGUUUAUGCUGUAGUUUGUCCUUAUGUUGAUAUUGCAUACGUCUCAAGAAAUAGGCUCCUCAAUAAGUAGGCUACCCACCUGUCUUAAAGUUUUGAUGAAGACCUCU